AUGACUUUACGGAAACCACGGAGGAAGAUGAUUAUUAUAUCAGUACUUCUGUUUAUGUUUGGAAACAUUAGUCUGAUAUUUGAGAUGGGUUUGGUUGACGAAUCCAUCAACCGUAGAAAACUCAACAUGCAAAGCAAUGCAUCACAUAACGUGUCCGUAUUCCAACACUAUCCCCUGGACAUAGAUCUUAAACACGUUGUUGAUGAAGUGAUUUUAUAUAAUAAAAGCAUUAUUUAUACACAAAUUAAUCCAUACAGCUAUCGAUAUCUUCAUUCAGCCAUUCCUUGUGAUUUUACACGCGCCAGAGAUGAACGUUCCACAAUCCUAAUUGUCGUGAAAUCUCAUGUGCUCCACACUAAUCAAAGACUCGCUAUCCGACACGUAUGGAAAGAUGUACGUGACAGUCAUGUUCGGCUUGUAUUUCUUCUUGGAACAUACAGUUUAGACGGUGAACAGUGGCGAGUUGAAAAAGAGGUCAAGCUAUAUGGCGAUAUUGUGCAGGGAAACUUCAUUGACAAUUACAAUCACAUCACCUACAAAGUCCUAAUGGGUCUGGAUUGGAUCAACAGGCAGUGCACACAGGCAGAAUUGUUGUUGUUCCUAGAUGACGAUUUCUACGUAUAUCCUACUAAAAUGUUAUUGUAUUUAAGAAGUUUAUCAAACCAUAACCAAACAUUUAUCGGGAAAGUUAACAAUCAUCAGCAUAUCAAGAAUAGUUCAACGAUACGAAAAAGACUUAAAUUGAAACAUGUUUCUUUUAAUGAAAUCCCGACCUACGUUAACAGUGGAUCGUAUGUUAUGUCACAAGACACUGCUCGCAAAUUUUAUACAGCCUUUCCGUUUGUUAAAUACUUUGAAAUAGAUGCCAUCUAUUUGGGAAUCAUUGCACAAAAACUCGAUGUUCGUCCACAGCAUGAUGUUCGGUUUGAUACCAGUAACCCACAGGCAUUGGCAUUUGAAUGUUCUCACUAUGCUCCAAGACUAUUGAGAGGUGACUGUCCCUUAGCUGGACGACGUCGAGAUUAUCUUUCUGUUGUACCUAGCGUGACAGCUAAGGUUGACACGUUCUGGGUACGACUCCAGUUGUUACCACGAAUCAUGAAAUCUGCAGCUAAACAAAUUGUCCAUGCAUUUGUUAAAUAA